AAAGGGGAAAAAAAAAAUAGGAAAAGUAGAGAGGUGGGAUUUUGCUCCAUUUUUCUGAGAGUGGGACACUGGGACCUGUUAAUCCACAUGGCAAAGUAUGAGUAGAGUCUCAAACAAGUUUUGUCUUCCACGUAUUAGGUGUGCCUCGCACAGAAUAAAAAAAUUCUGCUAUUCAGCAGCUAUCUGCUUCUCGAUUGCAAGAAUCCAGUCCACAUUAAGAAGCCACCUAGUCAAGAACUCGGAUAAUGGGAUUAAAAUAUUAUUGUUCUUCUCUGACUCCUCUGACCUCUCCGUUAGUCCCAGUAAUUGGAGCCAAAAAAAGCCAAAAAGAAAAAAGAAAAAACAGAAGAGUCUUAGUCUAUUUCUCUCUUGGAUGGCGUCUACCAGUGUAUUUGAUUGCCAUUUUCCAAAACAAAAGCUGAAGAAAACCCCACCUUUCUAAUUUGCCCUUUUUCGCAUUAGCUCUCUGCAAUUACUUACAUUUUCACAUCCCUAAUUCUGAAAAAAAUAAUAACAGAGGAGAAGAAAACCCAUACCUGAGUUUUUUUCCCCUAUCACAACAUCCAUCAUGCAACCUCCAACAGCUGCACCACCCUCUUCCGAGCUGACACUUGUCAAUCGCAUAGGCAGCGGCUUUGGAAGUUCCGUAUACAAGGUCCAACACAUGUCCACCGGUGAACUUUACGCCCUCAAGGUGAUCUCCUGUAUCCAUGAGGACUCAAUUCGUGUCCACAUGUGCCGAGAGAUUGAAAUUCUCCUGGACGUGAAUAACUCUAACGUCGUCAAAUGUUACGACAUGCUUGAUCACAACGGGGAAAUUACAAUCCGUCUAGAAUAUAUGGAUAAAGGAUCUCUGGAAGGUUGUCACAUCCCUGACGAGGCCGUACUUUCUCAUAUAACCCGCGAGAUUCUCUCCGGCAUCGUGUAUCUACACAGUCGCAAUAUUGUUCAUAGAGAUAUCAAACCUUCUAAUCUAUUAAUCAACUCCAAGCACCAAGUGAAAAUUGCGGAUUUCGGAAUUUCGAGAUUUUUGAAGCAAACGAUAGACUUGUCAGUAAAAAGUAUCAGUUAUAUGAGUCCUGAGAGGAUCAACACGGAUUUGAAUCAAAAUCAGGAGAAUGCAUAUGGGUAUGCGGAGGAUAUAUGGGGUUUAGGAUUAUGCAUUUUGGAAUUCUACUUGGGAAGGUUUCCAAUAUUCUCUGUAGGGAACUGGUGGAAUGUUAUGUGGGCAAUUUGUAUGUUGCCGCCACCACAGGCACCGUCUACGGCUUCGCCGGAGUUGAGGAACUUCAUAGGCUGCUGUUUGCAAACGGAUCCUUGUAGGCGGUGGACGGCGGAGCAGCUAUUGCGCCAUCCUUUUAUAACUCAGUAUGAACUGCAAGUGGAAAGUGUGGGUUGCCACUAACUUAUACAUUCAUGAAAUCUUCAUUUAUGAAGUCAUGCUGUUUGGGACCUUGGAUUUGUUUUAGUUAUGGUAAUGGCUUUGGAUGAAUUUGUACGUGUAAUGGAGUAUAAGUUUCUGUGUCCUUAUUAUUAACUAGUUUCUCUCCGCGUGCUUUGCACGUGUA